AUGCCCAGGUCUGGGAAAGACUUCAGCUACAAGGGCUCCGGCACUAACAGUCAGGGAAACCAUUGGUGCUCCCGUGACUACUCUGGCAGCUCUAACUCAAACACCUACCACUACUCAAACAGUAACGGAUCCUACUAUUAUUCCAACCCCGAUGGGAGCACUUAUUACAAUAACGGCAAUGGUGGCUCGACUUAUACUCCUCCUAGUGGG